AUGUCUCCAGUCCUGUACGAAGAUGACUAUGUGGAACUAACCGAGGAUCUGCUCACCAUCAAACGCUACUUCUUCCCCAUGAUGAAGCCCAAGGUGGUGAGGGUGAAGAACAUCCGCAUCGUGCACUACGAUGAGCAAGACAACACUAAGUAUGGGUUGAAGAGAACCUGGGGCAAGAGCGAUCUUAUCGACAUCUACUGGGCCGCCGACUUUAAACGGUAAGAGUAGUUUUAUUCACUUAACUAUAUUAACAUAGACGGUUUUUUAUACAUUCUGAGCAAAAGCCAGCUGGUCGAUGUUGCUUUAGAGUUUGUUUGUUCAAAACGAAUGUAAAUCUAACAUUGUAUCCUUAUUAUUCAAAAACAAGUAUAAAUUUGACAUUGUUAUUCGAAAGAGUAUAACUUCGAAGCCAAAAAUUAUAUUAAUUAUGAUGCAAAGCACAUAAUUUCAACCGAAAUAACAUGUUAUUUGUCUUCAGCUGUUUACCCGGCGACAAACACGGAAAAGCAGAUGUGAUCAUCGAUGUUGAGGACGGUCUCAUGAAAGGCUUCACGGUCCGUGACGUCCAGCAAUUCCUGCAAAGCCUCAGAUACUCCGCCCCGAUGUCAAUGAUCGUAGUGGACAACCUUAACAUCUGA